AUGCACACGACGACCCGGGACCGGCUGCUCGGAACCCGGUGCCGGCCUGCAUCCGCCCUGAAGGUGCGGACGGCGAGCCGGGCCGAGGACCCCGGGGCCGCCUGGGAGCUUUGGGAGCAGGCCGGCCUCGCCCUCCGCGCCCUGGGUCGGGCGGAUGGAGCGUCCCGGGUCCCUGGCGGCCAGUUCGCAGAGGGCCGGGGCGUCGGGGCUCCGGCUCCUCAGGCCGCUCCUGAGCGGGAGGGGGUCCGGUCCCGCGCGUGGGGCCCCCGAGCCGGGCUGAAGAACAGGGGAGCCGUCCCGGAACAAGGCCCCGCCGCCACGAGUUUACCUAAGGAGCUCUUUCCACCUCUCGGGCCUCGGAGCCGGGAGCAGAGAGGCCGCGCGGGCCAGGUAGCGCGCACCACGUCUCCCGCACGAGCUGCGGGUCCCCGCGCCGGGAAACCGGCGAGUCUCCAUGGCCGCGUUGGUGCCCGCGUGCCGCGAGCGGUGGAAACGCAGUUCAAAGGCCGAAGUCGCCAGAGGCCAAGGCGUUCGGGGCGACCGCUGACUUCCUUGGCCUCCAGGCUGCUCGGAAGCCAGGGCGCCCACAAGGCCUCGGUCAAGGCGGCGGGUUCCGGCGGGAUGCGGGAGGGUGCUGGACAUCAACGCACUGUUCGGUCUCGUGGCCGCGCCUCUUGCCCACCGGGUGCCCAGGAGCAUCGAGCCUCUGCCCCUAACUCAGGGUUUCUCGGUGGCGGUGGAGACGCUGCCUGGUGGGGGCCCGGGAAGCAGGCCGAGGGCCCAGGCGCUCUGCAGGCCGCGCGGCGCUGGGAGCCGGGCUUCGGGGCACCGCCGGCUCAGGAGGAGCAGAUACCCGGGUUUCUCUGUGUCAGGGCCCACUCGGAAACCCAAAGGUUUAACACCGCACAGGCCCGCGCCCUGACACGGAGCGCUGCUGUGGCUGGGGCUGUGGAGGAAGCCAGACUCGAGCCGGGAAGCUAA